AUUGAAUUAGACAAAUAAACAUGACUUUAGCCACUGAAUUUGCUGAAACUACUCGUCGCUCGGCCACAAAUGCCGAGAUGAGAAAGAGAGUGUUACACUUGUACCGUAAAUAUAUGAGAAGUUCCAAGGAAUUUGCAGAAUUAUACGAAUUGGAUAUGCCAGUUUCCAAUGUCAAGACUAAGAUUAGACAAGAAUUCGAAAGACAAAGAUUUGUCUCUGACUUAUCCGUUUCCAACGUGUUGUACAUGAAGGGACAAAUGGAAUACCAAGAAAUCAUGAACUUUUGGAAGCAACAAUGUCAUGUUUUAAGAUACUUUGAAGAUCAAAGUGAUUACGGAGUUGUUGACAAGAACGAUUUCGUCAAGAACUUCUUGAGGGGAAAUUAAAUAGUUAGUGCAUAAUAU